AUGGAGGAUAAAUAUAAGCCGAUUGUCCAACCCCAGAGAAGAUUGAACCCAUCAAUGCAAGAAGUGGUGCAUAAAGGAGAGUUGAAGCGUAUAUUGGAAAAGACUGUGAAUAUCUCUCGUACAGACUGGGUGAGAAAAUUAGAAGAUGCUUUAUGGGCCUAUAGAACAGCAUUCAAAACACCGAUCGGGAUGUCACCAUACUGGCUCGUUUAUGGAAAAGCAUGCCAUCUACCGGUGGAGCUAGAACACAGAGCCUAUUGGGCGACAAGGAUACUGAACUUUAUUCUACAAGCAGCUGGUGAGAAGAGAAUAUUGCAAAUCAAUAAGAUGGAUGAGUUCCGCAAUGAUGCUUAUGAGAAUGCUCGAAUUUACAAAAACUAA